AAAAUUGGGAGAUUUUCUUUCAAGAGCAAAAGGUUCCUGCCAAAAAAAAUAGAUACUUCCAAGUUUCAAUUGCCAACCCUUUGCUUUACACUUCACAACACCGUCAUCAAUGGCGACACACUUCACAAUUAACCGCAUACUUUUGUUUGCAGUUGUCUUCGGUAGCUCCUUUUCUCUUGAUACCCCGAAAGAGUUGAGAACUAAAGAGACAAACCAAGAUGGGCAUAUUCGACUUGGCUAUCAAAUACAGCGUAAAAGUCUUGAUCCUUCACGAGUUGCUCGACUCUCAUGGCAACCAAGGGUAUUCUUGUAUAGGGACUUUCUAUCUGAGGAGGAGUGUGAUCAUCUGGUUUCUUGGGUCGAUGGAAAGAGAAGCUAUUCUGCGUCUGGUGUUGAUUCUCAAAAGUUCGGUAUUUCCAUGGACAUUGAUGAUGAAAUUACUAAAGUAAUCGAGGAAAGAAUUUCUGCUUGGACUUUUCUCCCCAAAGAGAACAGCAAACCGUUGUCUGUUUUAAAUUUCAGCCACGAGGACUCCCAACAGAAAUAUAGUUAUUUUGGCAACAAAGACGAAGAGCAAGUCGACCAACCUUUAUUAGCAACCGUUGUUUUGUAUCUCUCAAAUGUCAGUCAGGGUGGGCAGAUUCUUUUCCCCGAGUCAGAGGACAGAAUGUGGUCCGACUGCACACAGAAGAACGACAUCCUAAAGCCUAGUAAAGGGAAUGCGAUUGUGUUCUUCAACCUACACCUUAAUGCGGGCCCUGAUCAGACAAGUUCCCAUGCUAGAUGCCCUGUUCUUCAGGGUGAUAUGUGGUGUGCCACUAAAUUCUUCUAUAUGAAACAAGUAAAUGCUGGAAAGGAUUUGGCACGAUCGGACGAUGCAGAUUGCACGGAUGAAGAUGACAACUGCCCUCAGUGGGCUGCCAUUGGUGAGUGCCAGAGGAACUCAGUCUUCAUGAUUGGUUCGCCUGAUUAUUACGGGACGUGUAGGAAGAGUUGCGACGCGUGCUAAUGGCCGAUGGCUUAGGUUUGUGUCAUGUGUAUUAUCCUUCUAUAACUUUUGGCUUGGCUUUAUCUUGAUGAAAAAGAAGUAUAAAUGUUUUUGGUUGUGAGUUGAGGAUAUUGGUGAAUUAAUAAUGCUAUAUCUGUGCUGUGAUAGAAUGACAAAAAUUUCCCAUAUUGCGUGCUAGAGAUUUUGAAUUUUUUCUUUUC